CUUCCUUCCUUCUCACCUUCCUUCCUUCUUUCUCUCCAUUCUCUCCCCCUUCUUUCCCUCUCCUUUCUUCCUUUCUUCUUUCCUCCUUCUUCCCUCCCUUCUCUUCUUUCCUUUCUCUUUCUCACCUUCCUUCUCUCUCCAUUCUCUUUCCCUCUUUCCUUUCUUCCCUGCUCUUCUUCCCUCCCUCCCUUCUCUCCCUCUCCUUCUUUCCUUCCCUCCCUUCUCUCUCUCCUUUCUCUUUCUCGCCUUCUCUUCCCUUCUUUCCUUUCUCUCUCAUCUUCCUUCCAUCUCUCUCCCCUUUCCCUCUCUUUCCUUUCUUCCCUCCUCCACCUUCCCAUCUUUAUCUUCUUCUUUUCUUCCCUUCCUUCUCUUUCACCUUUCUUCCUUCUCUCUCCCUCCUCGCUCCCCUUCUUUCCUUUCUCUCUCACCUUCCUUCUUCUCCAUUCUCUCUCUCCUUCCAUCCUUUCCUUCCUUCUCUCACUUCCUUCCUUUUAUUUCCCCUUUUCCUCUGUUUCCUUUCUUUCCCUUCCUUCUCUCUCACCUUCCUUCCUUCUCUCUCCAUUCUCUUUCCCCCUCUUUCCUUUCUUCCCUCCCUUCUCUCUCCUUCUUUCCUUUCUCUCUCUCCUUCCUUCCCCCUUUUCUCCCUCUUUUUCUCUUUCCUUUCUUCCCUCCUCCUUCUUCCCUCCCUCCCUCUUUCCUUUUCUUUCUCCUUCUUCAGUUCCCCAUUUCUUUUUCUCUCUUUCCUUCCAUCCCUUUCUUAAUUUUCUCCUUCCUUCUCUCUUUCUCCAUUAUUUCUUUAUUCUCUCUCUUAGGCCCCUUCCACACAGCUGUAUAAAAUCUACAUUGAACUGGAUUAUAUACCAGUGUGGACUCUUGAGGGAUAAUUGCAGUUCAAAGCAGAUAUUGAGGAUUAUCUGCCUUGAGAUUCAGGGUUAUGUGGCUGUGUGGAAGGGCCCCUAGUCCUCCCUUCUCCCCCCCCCCCUUUCCUUUCUCUUUACUUUCCCUUCUCUCAUAGCAUUCCUUCUCUUUUUCCUUCUCUCUCUCUCCUUUCCUUUUCUCUUUCCUUCCUCUUCUCUCUUAGUCCUUCCUUCUUACCUUCCUUCUCUCUUCUUUUCUUUUCUUCUUCUCACCUACCUUCUCUCUCUCCUUUCCUUUUCUCCUUCCUUCUCUUCUCUCGUAGUCCUUCCUUCUUACCUACCUUCUCUCCCCUUUCCUUUUCUUCUUCCUCUCUCUCUUCUCUCUUUCUCAGAGGUGCCAGAGAGUUGUCUAUGGGAGAUUCACUCUCCCAUUCCCUUUUCUUCUGCAUUUCAAUUUUUCAUCUUUCCUAUUUUUAGAUAUAUUUUGAAAACAUUGGCCACCUUAUCAAAUACAUCUUAACCAAAUGCACUGAACUCUCCAAAUUUUUGACGCUUCAGAGAUCCUUGUGCUGCUUUCUCAGAAGGAAGUCGCAUUCAGGGCAGACAGGAUUUUAACCUCAGUCACCAUGCUGUAACUUGCACUGAAGCUGGGUUUUCCUUCCUCUUUCUCUUCUGUGGCAGUUAAAGCUGUCUUCAGAACUAGGAGGUGAUACUUUCCAUGACUGAGCGGAACUAGAGUUUGUUCAGAUUAUCAUCAUAAUUGUGGUGAUAACUGUUAUGAUAGUAGUCAUCAUCUGUUUGCUGAACCAUUAUAAAGUGUCAACGCGAUCCUUCAUUAGUCGGCAGAGUCAAAGUAGAAGACAAGAGGAUUCCUUGCAGCCGGAGGGGUGUUUGUGGCCUUCUGACAGCUCGUCUUCACGCCAGGGAGCUUCAGAGAUUAUGUAUGCCCCACGGUCCAGAGACAGGUUUACAGCUCCAUCCUUUAUGCAGAGGGAACACUUCAGCCGCUUCCAGCCAACCUAUCCAUACAUACAGCAUGAGAUUGACCUUCCUCCUACUAUCUCUCUCUCUGAUGGAGAAGAGCCACCUCCAUACCAAGGGCCAUGCACACUGCAACUCCGGGACCCAGAGCAACAGAUGGAGCUUAACAGAGAAUCUGUUAGGGCACCUCCCAACAGGACUAUAUUUGACAGCGACUUGAUAGACAUUACAAUGUACAAUGGGGGCCCUUGCCCACCAAGCAGCAAUUCGGGCAUAAGUGCAACCAAUUAUAGCAGUAAUGGAAGGAUGGAAGGACCACCCCCAACUUACAGUGAGGUCAUGGGGCAUUACCCGGGUUCCUCUUUUUUCCAUCACCAGCAAAGCAACGCACCUCCUUCGUCACAGAGGGGGAGCAGACUACAGUUUCAGCAGAACAAUUCAGAGAGCACAAUAGUCCCUACUAAAGGCAAAGACAGGAAACCGGGAAACCUUGUCUAGGUUUCCCUGCCAUGUGCACUUGGAGAGAGACAGGAGAAUCAAACAGGAGCAUGAUGAAAGUUUCUAUGCCCCUGUGCACAAAAUUGUUAUAAAUUUCAUGUGAUGCAGUUUUAGUAAAACCAAACGUGCAAAGCUGUUCUUUGUUUCUGAUUCCUUUCAGGGGAAUUGCAUGAAAAGUGGUUUGAAAUAAUUACAACCUUCCAUUCAGUUUGGCCACGAGCAGUGUUUUUUUUGUGGUGGGGAUUAUAUCUUUUUUUUAAAUCUAUUUGAAUUAUUUAAUUUUAAGAGGUAACUUAGCACAGAAAUAUGUCUCGAUCAGCCUGGUUUAUAUUAAGAAAAUGAUGCAAAAAAAAAAAAAGUGGAUAAGAAAAAGAUAGUAGAUAAAAGGGGGCAAAAUUGGCCGGUUUGCUUUCCCUUCCCCUCCCAGAGUGCUGGAAUUGCAUUCUAAUUCAACAUUUCUGUUGUGUGCCAAGAUCUAAAGGUGUGUUGUUUUUUUUAUAUAAAAAAAAGAACACUAGAUGAAUACAAGGAGUUAAUUUGUGUUGUGAUACAAGUGUGUUGAAUUUGCACUAUCUUUAAAUGUUUUAAAUAUUAUAUAUGAGGGAACUGUUUUACAUGAAGUUCUUCUAUACGUUGUCUUUUCACCUGUGGAAUACUGAUUAUCCUAUAGGAACCCUCUUCAGGACUUUGCCCAGGCCUCUGUUGAUCACCAUCAAAUUGGGACUGUAGGAUUACAUGGAUCUCUUUACUAUUUUGCAUAAAUAAAAGUAACUGUCAGAAGACGUCAUAACAUGUUACCUUUUGCAAUAAUUUUGCAUUCAAAUAGGCCAGCAGCAAGUUGUCUUAGAAACCUAUGAGUGGAACAAAGCAAAUGUGAACAUUACAAAAGUUGCCUUCUUUAGGUGGAUUGAGCUAUAAGCCAUUUGUUUAACUACAGCAGAUGACAAUGCCAGAUACAUUUACUUUUUUGUAAUUAAUGAUAUCUUAACUGCUUGUUGCCCCCUUUUAAAAACAAUGCAGUGUUUAGCAGUACCUAAAGCUUUUGCAGAUUUUUAACUUCACUGUAGUCCAUAAUAUAUUCAGUCACUUAGCCUGACAUCAUACAAUAAAUGGUUUAAAAAUACAAAAUGUUUUUUUGCUGUUAAAUCACACUUUGUUGUGUAUUUCUAUUAUCUUUUGUGUCUUAGUUCUUCAGAGAUAAUUGGAUCUGUAUGAGACUUCUUCCCAAACUCUGCUAAGUUUUCAGUUAGUUUGACAGUGUUAUAAAGAAGUUCCUUGCAGAACCCUCACCACUAGAAUACUGCUGAGAAUUGUCUUGGAAUAUUAAUCAUUUUUUUCAGUUGGUUAAUUUCAUCUUUGUGCAUUGAUAUGAUUUUUAUAUGAGGUAUAAGCAACCAUGUAAACUUUUGUGGAUCAUGCUUGUUUAAUUAGAACUGGCUUAUCUUAUUGAGUGUCAUUUUAUGACUGCUUAGUUUUAAAACCACAGUUAUGCCAGUUAAUUUGAUUUGUAGUCGCCCAUUUGGGGAUCAUAAGCGGUUACUUCCUGUACUGGAUCACCUGCAUUGCAAGUAAAAUAGAUAUUUUGAAGAAAAAUAGUUGUCAAAUUAGAAGCACACACAAAGCACAGCAGGCACUUCAAAUGCAGUCAACAAACUGAUGUUAAAGAAAACAGGGAAUCUCUAGAAUCUUAAUUUUGAUAUUUCUGCAAGAAUGGAUGUUUUACUGCAGAAGUCUGUUUUUAUGCUCUUCUGAGUAUCAUUUUGCUAACUGGAAAAGCUAUCAGGUGUACCAGCUAUAUCGUAAUAAAUGUGCUAUCCAUAUGCCCUUGUUAUCUUGGCUAAAUUUUGGAUUUUUGUAAAACAGCCGCAGUCUGAAAGUUACUUAUGCACAUUGAAACCUGAUUGCUGAACUAGUCUCUGAACUAUGCAGAGUUCUAAUGCCAAAACAUAGGUGUUGUGUGUGUAAUUAACAGAUAUCUCUAUAAAGUUUCUCUGAAGUGGCUCAUGGCUUGCUUUCGAGCCAUUUUAGUUAAUAAUUAUACUCUAAGAGAAGCCUAUUUUUCCAAGUGUCAGAAACCACUCCUUUAUUUCCCUAACAUAGUCACAGUUUGAACUACUUUUCUUUGAUACUUUAGUUUUGCUCAGUUGCGAAUUUCAGAUUGCCAAACAGCAAGCGUAAAUAUUUUAACAUAAUUUAAUUUUGUGGAACAGCCAAGUCAGCUAUCUCAGAGUUCUCAAUGAAGAUAAGCUUAUUUUGUAUUAUCUUUUUAACAAUACACAAAGGACUUUGGUUCGGUGAAACCAAAUGAUCAUUUAUUCCCCAUUGCUUGCUUGUUGUGAUAAUAAAGUGAGAUGUCUCUGAAUUAAAUCCAGAAUUGUCAGAAAUGGGAUUUGCACUGCUUGGUUGUAUCAGAGUGUUACAAAGUCAAAACCUAUGUUUAAUUAACUGAUACGUACCUAAGGCCUUAAUUGAAACUGAGCUGUCAAACUAGGAACUAUUGGAUCAAUAGAGAAGCAAGUGACGGCAUCACAUCCUUUGGAUUCCAAAUUUGCCUUCUCAGAUUUAUAACAGGUAAUAUUAUCAGUUUUUAAUUUAGGCACUUUCUGUUUUUACUCUAAGAUUAACACUUGUACCCUUAAGAUGACCCAUCUUAAUGUACAUAAACGAUAACAUCAAGGCCCAAACCAGUUUCUUUCUGUUAUAAUUGCACCAUGUCUGUUUGAAUCUUCCUUGAAUAAUCCCAUUAUGUGAACUUUCUGGGACCAUUUUUGUUUAAGUUAAGGGGUGGUUGAGGGAGGUUUUAGCAGCACCUGAGUGUUCAAAUUGUUAUUUACUUUUGUUACUGUUCUCUCAUCUCCCAGAAAUAUCUCAGAAUCCAUAGGUGAAAAAGGUUUGCUCAGCAGUUUGAGUAUUACUGGUGAAUUUAUAAGCAAGUUAAUAGUAAGGUUCUGCCUUGAAGGUACUUCGUUAUUUCUUUCAUCAACACUAUUUCUCCUACCCGCAAUAAACCUGAAAUCCAGCUCCUUGCUUUGUAACUGAAAUAAAACGCCAUGGAAAUAUGAAUUCCACUGGCAUGGCCUGCCCAAAAUAGUUUGCUGAGACAGAAUGGCAAUGUGUCACUCCCAGUUAAGGGCCAAUAUUGGGGGUCAAAGUGAAGAAACUGUUGGGCUGCGGGUGCUGGCAUAGCUAUCAAUGAGGAAUUCUAUCAGUUCAACAGCAUGUGGAAGUUUGUAUUUUUUCCACGCCAGACCAUCAUCCAGUUACUCCAAGUAAAACAUCGCUUAAAUCAGUGAAACUUACAUCAGUGUUGACUUGCCAAUUUCCCAAAUCUACUGCAGUUGGGACUAACAGGUAGAUUUAAGCCGUGGUGCAUAAUAAAGAAGACUAGUGAAGUUAUUUUUUUCCACCUAAAAUAGUCUGUCAAAUGUAUACUUCUUUAUCUAUACUACACUAUGUCCUUUCAUGACGCCAAAGAUAGACAUUCCACUUUGCCUAAUAGUAGAGCUGGUCCUUUCCAAUGGAAAGCAAUACUGAACAAGAAAAAAUGCAUUUAGAUAAUGAAAUGAAUGUGAUUAAAUAGCAGCUUCACUUCAUAGAGACAGAUUCAUUGUUUAUUGCUAUCUGAGAGAAAGUGGUAUGGACAGGUUUUUUUUGUACUUGUGUAAUUUGUGCUCCCAAAACAUCAGGUUGUAUACAUGAAAAAGUACACGUUGAGCAUUCCUUAUCUGAAAAGCUUGGGACCAGGAGUGUUUUGGAUUUUUUUGGAUUUUGGAAUAUCUAUAUUUGCAUGUACAUACACAAAGAGAUGAGUUAGAGAUACGGGGCUCAGAUCCAAACACAAAUUCAUCUAUGUUUUAUAUAUACCUAAUACACAUAACAUGUAAGUAAUUUUAUACACAGUAUUUUAGUAAUUUUGUUCAUAAAACAAAGUUUGUAUGCCUUGAACUAUAAAAAGUCACUAUUUCAGCCACCUAUGUCAACAAUUUUGGAAUAUUUUAGAUAAAGGAUGUAUUUUAUCUUCUGGAUCCUUUCAGUUAAGAGUUGAAGACGACACAAUUUGUGAACACUUAGUUCAAUUUUUUAAUCUCUAAUGUUUUUGUUUGAUUUAUGUCAUGAAUCAUUUGUAAUGCUGUCUUUCUCUUUUCAUUGUGGAGAGAGGGGGAAAAGCUCCAUUGUUGAUAUUCACAGAAUUAACUUUAAAAUGCUUCUAUAAAAAGGUAACAAUCUAAUCAGUUCUUUUUUCCCUUCAGAGAAUGCAUAGACAGUACCAGUUUGUCCAACAGUUUUCCCUGAGAAUGCAAGAAAAAGAAAACAUUUGACUAGUUUCAUGGUCAAUUGUUUUCUCCAGCACAUCUCCAGAAAAGUGUUUUUUUUCUGAGAUGGCAUAGAGUGGUAUCCAGGAUAGUUACUUCCUUUGAGAUCAAAUUGUUGUAAAGACCUGUGAUCAUAACAGGGAGUGUGGGUAGAAAUGGAAGGUAUAAAUCCCAGUAGUAAACUUCGGCAACCACAAAGGAUAAAACCACUCUUCCAAGGCAGUGACUUCUACAAGAUAACACAGAGUUGUAUCUAGCUUGAUGUUUGUUCUAAUAUCAACACAGUCUCAGGCAUUUAAGUGGCCUAAAUUUAACCAUGGGAUAUAUGCCUCAGGUCCCUGAUUUGUUUCUAUCAGUAUUGGCCAUUGAUUGGUAUGAGGGUAUGCAUGACAGGGUCUUGUACCCCCCCCCCCCCCAAAAAAAAAACCUUAUGAAAGUUUAGUUAACUGUAUGCCAGAAAAUCAUGAAUGUGACAGUUAUUAUCCACAAGUGUUAAGGAUGGUUUGGAAAAAUGUGUUAAAAUAUUUGGAGAUUAUUAUUAUUAUUAUUAUUAUUAUUAUUAUUGCGUGGCUCAUAGAUGCAGACAUUCUGUUCAAUGUUUAUGCUUUUUAAAUGUGCAAACAAGUUGUACAAGCUAUAAAUUUGUUAAAGGACAGGCAAGUUACAUUAUCAAGUAAUUCCAUUUUCAGUCAGUUUCCAAUAGGAUGGCUAAAGGUUUUUUGCAAAAUGUGUCAGUUAAAAUACUUCUUCUGCAACUAUUAAAAUUUCAGCUUUGAUUUUACUGGACUGUAAAAUGCUCCAGAUUUUAAAAGAUGUUUCCAUCUUGGGGUAACAUGAAAUAAUUUAUAUAAUAAAUCGUGUUUAAAAGGAAAACCGUUCCUUCAUUUUUUAUACUCUAGGUUCAUAACUAGAUAUGCCAAGGUACUAUUAAUUAUGAGUUGGUAACAGAUUAUCAAAAUGCAAAAAAUAUUUUGUAUAGUUAACAAAUAGAAUAUAAACACAUUUUCCAAAACCUAGACUUUAUCAUGAUUCUUUAAUAAUAAUAAUAAACCCCAGAAGACCUAUUUUCACUACCUCUCCCCUACUGGGAUUUGAAACCUAUGCACAGGAACAGUCAAAUAGUACCAUUAGCAUGAAGUGAAAAAUAUUUACAUUUGCAUAUAAGCUCCAUCAUUAAGUGUUCAAUUUUUAUUUUGCAUUGAAUUUAUUUCAGUUGAAUCAAAAGAAAGGAAGGUUUCUUUUUUAUGUUGUGAGCAAAUGUACAUUGGUAGAAGGAUGAACUCCAUGGAGCAUUAAGGAUGGCUUCGGAUGGGCCACUUUCUGCAUCUAGAGUAGGAGGGUCACACUCAUUUCCACUGAGGGCCAUAUUAGCCUUAUGGUUGCUUUUAAAGGUGAUCUAGAGAGUGAAAUAUUUGUUCCCGACAUCAUCCAUCGUGCAGGAAUUGUGCCAGCCUUCAGGUUGCAAUGAUAGGUGGGAUCAGUAUGGAAAGGAGCAGUAAGAGCCCAAGAGACAUUGGAGGGGGGGGGGGGGCAGAAAACCUGUAACAUUAGCCCAUUUUUUUUAUCUUUCAGUAAUCUCAUCACAGAUGCAUUCAAAUCAUGAAAGGAAAGAUUUCUAUUUUAGGUCUGAAACUCAUUUUCCUACAUUCCUACAUUAUAGCUCGCACUACGAUAUUUCUGUCAUGGGUCAGCCAUCCCUCAUAUUUUUUGCUAACACCAUAUGUAGCUAGUUUUCACUAUAUUUGUUAACAUUUAGUUUGAUCCUAUUGACAAUUCCUUUCUUUCCCUUCAAAUGGACUUCAAAUGGAAGUAUUCAGCUACAGCUUACUUACCUUGUAUAUAAAACUGGCCCUGUACCUGACUCUCUUUGGAAAGCAAGGGACAUCAUUUCCAUGAUGCAUCUGGUAGUUUUUUGUCAUCUUCUGUGAGCACAGUCUGUCUCUGUAACGCAAUAGCUGUUAUCUUUGUUUUUGCUCAUCUAUUUCCCACAGUGGUAAUGUUCCCUAAAACAGAUUGCAGAAAGACUGGUUUGUUAAUUGGGGGAGGGGGGUAGUGGAGUUUGAAAUUUGUUUAGUUCCUCCUGUUUUAACUUGCAUUAUGACAGCUAAAAAUAUAAAAAGUGAGUAUGUGAACUGGUCAAAUUCAUGGGCAUUUAUUUUCCCUAUAUUCAGCUUUGUAUGCAUUGAUUUUACUGAGAAGAUGCAUACUUCUACCUUUUCCUCUCCUAGGACCUUGUCACAUACACCGUUGGAAUAGCUGAGAAUUGCCGCAAAUUGUGGUGAUCUCGGUUGCGCCCACCCAGGAGACGUAGAGACUUGUUGCCCUGCACCCUGUAUCAUCGUGGCUUCGCUCCUACCUCGUCACACGGGGGGAAGCUUUUUGAGCUUGCAUAAUUUGGUCAUUUCUAUUGAAAAAUGGGAAGUCUCUUGUCGUCUGCUGCUGGCAAUUUUUCGGCAGUAACAGGUCCCCCCCCCCUCACUUUCGCCCCGGAGCCACCCCGGAAUUACUUUUACUGUAUGUGAUGGGAGCUGGCAGGCUCCAUGGCGAAAGUGGCAAAAAACCCCGUCAUCAUUACCUAAAAUAAGCCAGUGUGAAGAGGUCCCUAGUUGUAUACUGAUCUAAUCCAUCCUUUAAAAAUCAGGGUGUGGGAUGAUACCACAAGGUAAUGCGUUCCUACAGGUCUCAUUUUCAACGAAUGAACAGUAGGACUGUUGUGAGUUGAAGUUCAACAACAUCUGGAGGGACACACAAAUCCCACUCCAUCUUUUAAAAAAUGAUCUUGCCAGUUUCUCUCUUGAAUCAUGCAUUUUUGAGGUUUAGGAUUCAGAUAACUUGGUCUGUUUGUGGUUGUUGUAUCCCUGUUUUGGUAUAAAAUUGUCCUCUGCAUUAGAGAUUUAAUAUUUUAUUCAAGGCCUAUGAAGUAGUAGGUGCAUGUGUGAGAAGUAGGUGAGAAGACUGCCGGAUAGAAUGCAACCUUACAUUGGUUUGCUUUUAGUUGGUUUCAGUGAAACAGGAUUGCCUCCAUGGAAUUGCGCAUGGGACCAGGUCAUUUGUUGCCGUAUUACUGCUGCUAUAAAAUAGUUUCAGUAUGUGAGGUUGUUUAGAAGCAAUGUGGUUUGUGCUAGGCUUUUAUGAAUGUUCUUAUUCCUCUUUCCUCACCUCCCCUAUAAUCCCCGUUUUUUCCUUAAUUGGUGCUUUGUCACUUGUUAUGGAAUAUUAUGAUAUAGCUGUGAUAUCAGUUGGACAUGUUCAUAGUUUGUAAGCAACUGACGUGCCUAAUUGUUCAGGUCUUGAGAAAAGAAACAUUUUUACCCUUCUUGUCCUCUCUGGGCUUAACAGUUCAAAGUCUAUUGAAAUCAGGGGACUUGAACAAACUGUUGAUUCAGGCCUUAUGCUCCCACCUUUAUUGUGCCUCACGUAAAAUGGUGCUUUUUUUUGGUGGUCUGUUUGAAGGUGUUGAAUAUGACUUGAAUAUAUUAUGCACAUAUCUUACCCAAGAGGUAGAAGAAGAACAAAAUGAAACCCAUUAUUAAUAGUGUAAAUUAAUGUACAGAAAGGAACAAUUUUUCACACAAAAAAGGCAUAAAACUUGUGAAUGCCUAGGUCCAUGUUUUGUCCUCAUUUUAUAAGAGAAUUUGCAAAGGAAUGCAUACCAAUGGCAAAAGCGAUGUAUUUUUAAUUUUCCUAUAAAAUAUCAGACUACAAAGGAAAAAAGAAACUUGAAAGAAGCCACUUUUAACUAGCCUGUGGAUGGUGACUGACUUCUGCAUUUUUGUGGGUGUUUGUAUGUGCCACAUUAAAGACAAAAGUCAGUUUUAACUUUAUGGCAGCCUACUUGUUUUGUCUGCAGCUUUGUUAUGAAUAUAUUGCAAAAUCAACUUUUCAAAUGUACAAUUAACAAGAAAAUAUCUGUAUUUUGCAAUAUUGCUGUGAUUUUCUUUUAACCCUUUUUCAAAUUCAUGUCCAGAUGGUGAUUUUAGGGGGACAAACAUUUGCAUUCAGCACAUCUCCUUCUCCUGCACUCUUUUAAUGUUGGAUACUUUUGUCCCAAUCCAUUCACAAUCCAGGCAACGGUGCCUUGUGGCACAAGCUGAAAUUUUACUCAUAAUGUUCCCAAAGCUACAUAUGAUUACUGGCAAAUUACCCAUUUCACUAGCUUCAUGCACUUUUUGUUCAGGACACAAGCACUUCUAGCUGAAUGUGUCUUCCUAAUUUAUUUUAACUGUGUAUUAAAGAAUGUUCUGGUUGAUCGAUCUUGGGUAUGUCUGAAAUUAUUGUGAGUUCUUACAUAUAUAGGCUCCAGUUUUUCUAGUUGACCAUGAUUCUGAGCCAGUGACCUUAAGCAUUAUGAGCAUUUUUGUUUGCUUUUUCGUGAAAGAAUCAAUGUAAUGCUAUCCUCUUGGGCCUUUGUUUUUAAUUUAGAGACUGAGAUGGGACUUUGCUGAUGAGAACAAGGAAGAGAUCCUUCUGUAUAGCAGGUGCUGCACAGCAAGGUUACCUUGGCAGUACAAGUUUUCCAUCUGUCCACACUGUGUCCUGCUUCUUUUAGCCUAGGCUUGCUAGGAAAAGCAAAUACCUCAGAAAACUAAGGUUGUUUUUAGCACUGAAGGCAACACAAAAUACUGUAUAAUUUUUAAAAAGCAACCCUUUCCAAUAUUGGUUGAAAUUCAAAUUAAUCCUGUGACCAAGGAGUUUGAAAUGUGUUUCUUAUAUUUCCACAUUUAUCUGUCCUUGAGCAAGAAAAGGGUAAUGGGGGUGUCUUCAGAAUUGUGACAGUAGAUUUCUCCUAGCUAUCUCUGUUUCCCCAUUUGUUGAAUUCCUGGGCCACAAAUUGAUAGCUGACUGGUUCACCGCCCCUGGUUUGUCCAGUUAUAACAAAAUGGUUUCCACACAUCUAUUGGUAGCUUUGCUGACAUUUUAACUACGGACAUAAUGUGGUGAUUGAAAUUGUGUUCGUAAAAUCAUCAGUCCAAAAAAAGAUCUUCACAAUGAAUGGUCAUCAAGGCCAAAGAAGUUCAGAAAUGUGCCCUUUGCUCAGCUUUCCUUAGAUUACAGUAGAGUCUCAGGUAUCCAACAUAAACGGGCCGGCAGAAUGUUGGAUAAGCGAAUAUGUUGGAUAAUAAGGAGGCAUUAAACAUCAAAUUAGGUUAUGAUUUUACAAAUGAAGCACCAAAGCAUCAUGUUAGACAACAAGUUUGGCAGAAAAAGUAGUUCAAUACACAGUAAUGCUUUGUAGUAAUUACUGUAUUUAUGAAUUUAGCACCAAAAUAUCACGAUAUAUUGAAAACAUUGACUACAAAAAUGCGUUGGAUAAUCCAGAACGUUGGAUAAGUGAGACUCUACUGUAUCUUGAUUUCUGUGUUGAUGUCUAGAUUUGCCUGUUAACAUGCUUUCAAAGAAAUAGAUACUUACAUCCUGUACCAGAAACCUAAUUCCUGUUCAAAGUACCCAAUAAUUCAUUAUUGUUUUUAGAAUUUUCAUAUCCUUGGAGAUCUUCUUUUCUUUUUCCUUAUCCACACUCAUAUUAUGUGUCUUAUGAAAAUACAGAGUAUAUUUAGUUGAUUUGUUUGUUAAUUUUGUUGGGAUUUGAGUUGCAAAAAAUGGUGUACUUGGUUCUGCAGCAUUCCAGAAAAGACAAAAAUCUGUGAGUGAGCUAUAUAUCAAUUCAUACUUAAAAUGCAAAUUGCAAAUUGCAGUAACGGAUAUUGCACACCAAGUGGACCAAAUAAGAAAAUGAAUGUUGAAACAGCAUUGAGAAAAGGCGUGACAGAACCUAUGAAGUAAACAUGGAGGGUUCUGUGCAUGCUUUCUGACUUGGUAGAUGCCAUCUAUCAUUCUAGAGCAAAGCUCGAGGCACAUUUGUUAGCAAGACUUAAACAGAAACUUCAUUAUGUCAAAGCAGUCAUUUCUUUAUUUGUCUGGUAAUUUUUUUUUUUUGCAAAUUACCAGACAAUGUGACUUUGAAGUGGCCUGUCAUAUAACUUAAAUGCAGAGAAAGCUAGAAUGAUUUCUACAUAAGCCUCAUGUGUUGGGUCCACACUGCCCACCUCAUGAAUGAAAUGGUUUCUUUUAUUCAUGGAAGGCACUGGGAUUUAGUGGGAGAUGCCUACUGGAAGAAGCAGGGACCAGAAACUCAUGUUGGUACAGAAGAUCCUCCAACCCACUAGAAUAGCCUUUCAGUAGAUACUGAUGGGGUGUAAAGGGACGGAGGAAUUAUGACCAAUGCCUUCCUGCCCACUUCUUCCAGGGUGAGCAAAACUCUGCUAAAUGAUGUUCUAGAUCCAACCCAUUUGGUUUACCGGUGAAUCCGUGCCUGCCUUCAAUAUGCUGACCAUUUUAUUGUAUGUUAAAGUUAUGUUUUCAGUGUAUAAUGUGUAUUUCAUAAUAACAUGCAUAUAAUUUGUUGCUUUCCACACUGGGCCAUGCGUCGUUUUUUUAGCUAUCUAGUUUGCAUGUGUGUGCAUGAACAUACAUACAUGUACAUAUGCAUUAAUUUUGUUUCAAAUUAUUUUGAAAAAAACAAAAACUCAAUCCAUAUUAUGUAGUCUUUCACAUUUAAAUUAUUUUUUUGAAAGGAGAAAAAGAAAAAAAAAGUUGUCUCUUUUUUUUUUUUUUGGAACUUCUUAAUAGCAGUUAAUAUGGAGUUACAAGGACUCUUGUUUUUAUUAUCUUUCUGUUCCCUUUAACCCAAUCAGUUUCCUGACUGAUUUCUAAUGUAUAUGCAGAAAAAAGGUUUCAACAGUUGUGUAUCUUCUUCCUUUUAACUGAGCAAACGGUGAUGUUCUAGUUUUUAGGCCUAAGGUCAGUUAUUGCAAUACUUUGAAAGAAAAAUGUUGCUCUAAGUGCUGUUGUUAGUUAUAAAUAAAGAUUCUAUGCUUGUUCUUAAGAAGCUGUGGUCAAACCACAGAACAAAUGUAUUAAAAAAAUCAAGUCAGUAA